CGGCAAUAAGGUGAGCCGGCAGUCCGUGCUGUGCGGCAGCCAGAACAUCGUUCUCAACGGCAAGACAAUAGUUAUGAAUGACUGCAUCAUCCGGGGUGACCUGGCAAACGUACGGGUGGGACGACACUGCGUGGUGAAAAGCCGCAGCGUCAUCAGACCGCCCUUCAAGAAGUUCAGUAAAGGGGUGGCUUUUUUCCCUCUCCACAUCGGUGAUCACGUCUUCAUAGAAGAGGACUGUGUUGUCAACGCAGCCCAGAUCGGCUCCUAUGUCCACAUAGGCAAGAACUGUGUCAUUGGUCGUAGAUGCGUUUUGAAAGACUGCUGCAAAAUCUUAGACAACACAGUUCUACCUCCUGAAACAGUCGUCCCGCCUUUCACGGUCUUCUCGGGCUGCCCAGGACUCUUCUCUGGGGAGCUCCCGGAAUGUACCCAGGAACUCAUGAUUGACGUUACAAAGAGCUAUUACCAGAAGUUCUUGCCGCUCACUCAGGUCUAGUAGCCCAUUUACUGUGUUUCAGAGCAGUGAAGUUGUGCAGGAGUGUUCUGGGGGCAGGGAGAGGGAUAUUGUUCAGUGAGAGCAGGGCAUGGCCCUCCGCUGUCCCUGAGCGCUUCUGUGAGUGUUCCUCAACACUAACGGUCUGGCCAAGCCGUCCCUCGUGAAAGCUGCUGUGUCAUGUUGUUUAAACUUUGUGUGCUCAUCUGAAUGUAAUCCAUUCCAUGUUGUCUGAAUUGUGCCAUUAAAUGUGCUGGGGCUGGGAAAGCUGAUGGGGCAGCAUCUCCUCCCUGCAGUGGGGGAACAA